GAGAGGAGGGCCAGAGUGGGAUCCUGGGCUCAACGGGCAAAAUGGCGGAGCGCUGAUUGCUUUUUCAAAUCCCGGGUCAGGCGAGAGCGAUGAAGACGGUGACCAUGGAGGCUGGGAUGGGUCCGAUGCCGGUGCCCCGUGCAGAACUGAAGCUGGUCCGACUGUUGAGCCGGUGCGAGGCGAUGGCGGCCGAUAAACGAAAUCCGGACGAGUGGCGGUUGGAGAAGUACGUAGCUGCUCUGGAGGAGAUGUUGCUCACAUUGAAGAAACACUCCAGCAAACCAGCUCCUGAAGUACUGAAUGAAUAUUCUCGUAAGGUGGAUUUUUUAAAGGGCUUGCUAGAAGCAGAGAAAUUGUCAUCCUCUUCUGAGAAGGCAUUGGCAAAUCAGUUUCUGGCUCCUGGGAGAACUCCUACCACUGCCAAAGAGCGGACCCCAGCAACAAAAACCGUGCAUCUACAGACCAAGGCCCGCUUUAUGGGCGAGAUGAGGAAUGAGCUGCUUGAUAUGGAAGAGAAAAAUUUAAGAAAACGCAUUACUCCAGUUCCUGAUGAGAAGCAGUCAGCUGCUGAACUGGAUGCAGUCCUGCAGCACCAUCACACCAUCCAGGAGAAGUUAGCUGAAGAGAUGUUGCACCUGGCACGCAAUCUCAAGAACAACACUCUUGUGGCACAGAAUGUGAUCAAGCAAGAUAACCAGACCUUGACGCAGUCACUCAAGCUGGCUGACCAUAACUUUGAGAAACUGAAGAAUGAAUCAGAUCGCCUGGAACAGCAUGCCAAGAAAUCUGUCAACUGGCUUCUGUGGCUAAUGUUGAUCGUUGUCUGUUUCAUUUUCAUCAGCAUGAUCCUGUUCAUCAGAAUCUUCCCAAAACUAAGAUGAUUCCUGGGCUGGUGUCAGCAGCAGCAGCAGCCUGGCACCUUAUCUUCUUCAUUUAACCCAUCAAACCUUGCUGGGCUUUUGUAACUUGGUGAAAAUGCUCAAUGGGAGAAUAAUUUGGUUGCAACAAGUUCAUAGAAUCUAAGCUGAAAUGUUUUCCUCCUGCUUGAAAGACUGAAUAGGAAAGCUUCUGCAUUGUUAUAGCAGGAUUAAGCAAUUUAUGGGAUUUAUGCAACAACCCCAGAAGUUCCUGUUUUUAUGGCCUACAGCCCCCAAAGGGGUGGCACCAUAUUUUAAAUAACAAAAGCUAAAGGGAGGGGGGGAAGCAAUAGAAGUGGAGCUUCUGAAUUUAACAUAUCUAUUUAGAAGCAAAUAAUCCUGUAAGGAAUGUGGUGACCCACUGUGGGGGCAAAAUAGUAACAAAUCUUUUGGUUAGCAAAAGUUUUCCAUUCCUGAAUUACAAUGCAACAAAGGCUUCUCCUUGCUGCUGGUGAGAAGCAGAGUUAGGUGAAUUGAAAAUAGAAGGUCACUUCACCUACUGUGGUUGGGGUGCGGGGAGGGGUUGAAAGAGAAAAAGAUAAUACUUAGCUGUUCUUAAUGACUUUUCUUUCACAGAUCAGUCUCUACAAUAUUGUUUUGAUCAUUGGGUUCACUGACAAACAACCCUGGGCUAUAGACGCUUUCCCAAUUUUCUUUGCUUUGGAAUGCUGAAAUACUCCUUCAUGAAUAUAUUUGCUAGUCCCCCCUGCUUCUGGGGACUAUGUCUUUGUGGGAGAUGGUUACAUUUCUAGGGAGACGUUCAUGACAGAUUGGCAGUUAAGUGACCUUGAAGAAUGAAAAGGUGGCACUGUUAAGUCUUUGGAAUCAGUGCUGCUUGAUGGAGGGCCUCCACAAAUUUGGAUGUUGAGGCAAUAUAAGGCUGAGGGCAUCCCCUUUUUUCAUUUGAUAUAUUAACUGAGAGGAGACUGUAAGGGAAGAAUUCAGAUUUACCAAUUGAAGGUAGAUUGGGCCUCAUCUAAACAUAGAUGUACGUUUGAGAAUGAAUUCAUGGUCGUCUGGACUGUGGAUGUUAUUCCUUUGCACAUUCCAAAAAAAUGGUAGAGCAAAGAAGUGGGUGAGUGGAGGUAUUUUAUGGGCAUUUUUCAUUAACAACCAUCCUGAAAGUACCGCACCAGCAGUGUGGUUAAUAAUCUGUAGGAAACAGCAACUCCCCCCCAAUUGGGCCUCAGCAUUUUAACUUGGCAUUUACCCAACAGAAGGGAUGGGCACAAAAAAGUGCAAUCCCUUCAGGGAGAGGAGUGUCGCUGCCUUUGCUGCUCACACAGAAGCUGCUACUGCUGUUGUGCUGUAAUUUCUGAGCCUGUUCCCCCAUUUCCUACCCCCUACCUCCCCAGUUAAGAAGUGCUGACUUGGAGUCGGCUCAUUAAGCUGUAGAUGAGGCUGGCAGUUAACCCGAACUGCCUGUAUGCUUGUUGCAUUGUCAACUUCCAUGUCACAACUUGCACGUUAUAAAUUGUUGUAACUCUGAUGUAUUCUCUUGCAAGUUGCCUGCAAGAGGCUCUUUGCGGUAAAGGCUGAGCCUUGUAAACCUUGAGAAGAGAGCUUUGCUACUUUCCUAGUGUCAUAAACAUAUGGUAAGAUCAUGGAAAUGUCAAGCUGCUGGAUCAGAAUGCAACUUUUGGCCUUCGCUAAGAUAAAAGAACCUGACACAAGACCAAAUCUUGGUCCACUGCAGUUGGGUAGCCAAUAAAUUUAAAUUAACAAAAGCCUGUAUUGGAUCAGCACUUUUCUAGGGCAAUAUUUUCCACGUAGCUAUUUUAAGAGGUGUGGACUUCAACUCCCAGUAUACCACAGCCAGCAAUGUACCCAUCCCUUCUGCUGUGUAAAAGCUGGCUGGGUUAUUCUGGGAGUUGAAGUCCACACCUCUUAAAAUGGCUAAGAUUAGAAACGGUGCCCUAGGCCUGCAGAAGAGAGGUCAGUCACCAUCACCUAUCGGGAACUGAUCAUGAAACCUACAUGCCCCCAUGUGCUCUACUGCUGUGUGAUGAUUUUCCAGAACUUUGUUUGCUUUGGCAAUUUGGCUUCUGCCAUUUCCAUUUUUGCUAUUACUAUCACAAUAGAGGAUCUGAUAUUUCCUGUCUAAGCCAAAGAAGCUUGGAAAGAUUUUCCUUAUAUAAUCUGCCAAGGAUCUCCAUGCUUCCUGCUGCUUCCUAUCAGUAGCUAGGAAGGGUAAAGUUGGAAGAUGAUGCAGAUGUGUACGUGUUUCCAGGUUCAGUACUUGCCAGGAGAUUUGGGGAACAGGGGAACAUUACGUUCCAAGCUUUCAGUUAUAGAACUGGUGACAAACAAGGAUAUCCUUUGGUUUAGGGAGUUAGAUUUAGAAAGUGGAUGUCAGAUAUAAUACAAAACUGGAACAUCAAUAUUGCUAUAUCUUUCCGGAAGUAUCCUUGCCCCAAUACUGAAAGAACGUCAGUGUUUGGAAAGUCCACCCAUCAUGUAUCAUUAUCUUGAAUUGAGAUUAUUUGUGGGAAUCCAACUGAUCUCCCCAGAUUUAAUCUGGUGAUUUUGCACCAUGGUUGUAAAAGUGACAUUUGUUGACUCUUAACCCUGCAACAGGCAAAAGGAUGGCAAUGAAAGUUUUGCAUAUAUCAAGAUUCCUGAUUUAAGUGGGUGAAGUCAGGCAUUCAAUAAGAAACAAAAAUCUCUUAUGUUGAUGUGGGAAACAGCAAUAAAUCAAAAGAAAAAGAAAAGAGGGAAAUCUCAAAAGCACCUUGUUGCUUGCAUGAUUUAGUAGUUGUACUAAAAAAAAAAAUGAAAUCGCCCUAACCAAGGGGAAAUUUUAGUUGUUAUUAAACGAGGGUGGGCCUGGCAUGGGAAUUGCCUUCUUCCCUCCUUACUGCCAAGACAGCCCAUUACAUCUGGCCUCAUGGGACUUAACAGCAAUGAAAUGAAUCAGUUUCAUGCAUAAAUUCAAUUGUUACUGGCUCCAAACCAUUGUAUAGUGUGUUAUCUUGAAAACUGUGCAAUAGUUGUUUUGUGUGGUUUUAGUCACAGUGGGAAUGGCUGACAGUGUCAAAUCUCAAGGGUGGUGGUCAGCUUGAUGUAUAAUGGGAGGUUUUAGAAAAGAGGGCAAGAAAUCUUAUCGUGGAAAUUCAGGUAUCAUGAUACUUGGACUGAUUCCUGGACUCUAAGCACGUUGACACAAAUAUGUUAUUUCUCAUGUGCUAAGUUUUCUAGGGAAUUGGGAUGGCUUGCAGCUCAUUAUUAAAGCUAGCCUCAAUUCAUGCUAUAAGAAACAAGAAAAAUUAAACCCAUCUAAAUGAUAUUCCUUGUUGUAGAAUCAGAGUUGAAAGUAAAAGCUGCUCAACAGUGUAACUAAAAAUGGCAGGGCCCCUUUUAUUGUGUAUGUUCAGACAGAUUAGAUAGCUAUUUGUUGGGAAUACCUGAUUUCGGAUUCCUGUACUAAGGCAGGGGGCGGGGACUUGAUUGCCUAAAUGACUGCCAAUUCUGAUUUUAUUAAUCAUUUGUCCAUUGAAUCCAACUCAAGAAUCCAAAUUGAAGCAAUUUGGCUUUCUAGUCUUUGCUUUAGUCAGUAAACCACUUUCCGCAAUUGUCUAGUGUUACUAUUGAACUGCUUUUUUUCUAAGAUUUAUUCAAAAUAUUAACAAAUAUGUCCUGGUCCUGGGAUGAUGGGUCAGGUCUCCUAUCUUGGAGUCCUAUAAUUGUUGCUCUGAGUAUUUAAAAUUAAGUACUGAGGUGCACAUUCCACUCUUUUCAGCUUUAAUUUCCCUUAAAAUUCAUUGUGAUUUUGUCUACAUUUUCCAUAUGGAAUUUUAAAAAAAGGAUUAUUGCUGUUUUCCUUCACCCACUAAAAAAAAUUACAGUAUCAAGGCAAAUUAGGAAUUUCCUGGAUGAAGUAAGUUUGGCAGAAUUUGCUCCCAACAGAUAUCAGCAUAAAGGAAACAUUUUAUCACACUUUAAAAGAUCUGCCACUUACUCAAGAGUAAAAAUCAUCACAUGUUCUUCAUUGGACAGGCAAUACCUUUUUCUAAUUCUUCUGUUUAUUAUAAACUUGUAUAUUUCAGCUGCUAGUUUCUGCUACAGUUAUUAUUUUGAAAUUCAUGUUAUUUCGCGUACUCUGAACAUUAUUGAAUAGUCAAAUAAAAGCUGUAAACUCUG